GUUUUCUUGAGAUUCUGUGGUUUCCUUUUCAAUCAGGAUGACUAUCCUCGUUGAGCAGCCUGAGUUUGGCGUUGAAGCAGAGGAAAACAAGGCCCCUGUUGAUGAGAAGGAAUUGGUGUUGGAUGGUGGAUUUGUUGUGCCACAGAUCAACUCAUUCGGCCAAACCUUUAGGUCUCAUUACGAUGCUGAGAGUGAGAGACAACAAGGUGUGGAAAACUUCUACCGGAUCAAUCACAUUAACCAGACUUAUGGCUUUGUGAAGAAGAUGAGAGAAGAGUAUGGAAAAUUGGAGAGGAUGGAGAUGAGCAUAUGGGAAUGUUGUGAACUUCUGAAUGAAGUUGUUGACGAGUCCGAUCCGGACUUGGACGAGCCCCAAAUCGAGCAUUUGUUACAAACUGCUGAAGCCAUUAGAAAGGACUAUCCCAAUGAGUAUUGGCUGCACCUCACUGGCCUUAUUCAUGAUCUUGGAAAGGUGCUUCUUCUUCCUGGCUUUGGUGGACUUCCACAAUGGGCUGUUGUACGUGACACGUACCCAGUUGGGUGUGCUUGUGACGAAUCAACUGUCCAUCACAAGUAUUUCAAGGAAAAUCCCGAUGCUAACGAUCCUGCUUACAAUAGUAAAUAUAGAGUUUACUCCGACCGAUGCGAACUUAACAAUGUAAUGAUGUCUUGGGGACACGACGACUACAUGUAUUUGGUACAUCUUUCUAAGCCAAAACAAACAAUUUAAAUUCCAGGAAAUUAAUGUUUUACAUUACUUGCAGCAUUACAUAAAUCAGGGGCAUACAAGCACUUAAUGAAUGAGGAGGAUGUUGAGAAUCUGAAAUGGCUUGAAAUUUUCAACAAGUAUGAUCUUUACAGCAAGAGCAAAGUUCUAAUUGCUGUGGAAAAGGUUAAACCAUACUAUAUUUCCCUCAUUGAAAAGUACUUCCCUGCCAAGCUAAAAUGGUGAAACUGAGGGGAUUUGAAGCUUGACGAGUCAAGAUAUGCAUCAGAUUGCUUACCUAUCUGUUAUAUUAUAUAUACAGCUAGUUGUUGAGAGU